GUCCUCGUGACAGCAGCUGCGCAUCGCGCACGGAGUGCCAAUGUGGGUGUUUCAUGACGCGCGCGCGUCAAUUACAGGUGUCCAUUAACCACCGAGCGCAUCACGACCUCGAGGAAUGACGCGGAACACGAAACGCUUUCUGUUUAUCCAGGUAAACAUUAGUGAAGACUCGAAAGAACGCACUCCUCUACAAACAAGUCUGCUGUUAACAUUCUGUGCCACUGACAACUAUCGCAACUUUAUUUGGAUUGAGUCACGUCCAGUCUAAUGAAACGGUGUCUCCCGUCUGAAAAUGAAACUCAUCGUGACUGGAAGACCCUUAUCAUCGUGACUGCUGAUGUCCUCUGGAGAUCUGAAGAGCCCUGAUCUGCUCAGCGGAGGAUCACAACACAGGAGGAGACCCAGGCACUGUGAGACUUUAGCAUUCCCUCAUUGCACCAGCUGUCAGGAAAAGAGCAUCUGCAGAUAUUCAGUUCUUCUUGCAAAAGAGGCCCUGACAGAUCUUUGGAAAGUGCCUCUUCUAUUUCACUGUUGCAUCUUGCAUUUUCAUGGAACACAAAUCAAGUGAAAUCUGACCUCCGGUCAGUGGGAAACCUUUCAGUUGGUAAACUUUGGGAAAAUGAGCUCAGCGGAUUCGUAGAAAUAUGGUAGCUAUGAGACUUUGUGAGUGAACUCUACGACGUAAUCAAAGGUCUCCUUAACACUUGAAAUCUUCCCACUGGAUCCUGGAGGGCCCAAACCUUAUCAAGGUGAUAAUCAUGUUGAUGUCGCAGGGCACCUAUACGUUUUUGGCGUGCUUUGCCGGCUUCUGGCUGAUCUGGGCUCUCAUUGUCAUGCUUUGCUGCUUUUGCAGCUUUGCCCAGCGCAAGCUGAAGCGCCGGCGUGAAGAGAGGCUGAGGGAACAGUGCAUGCGGGCGCUGGAGAUGGAGUCUCUGGAGUGCACUGGAGGGGGAUAUCCUCCCAGGGAGCCCCCUCAGUUCUGCCCACCUAUUCAAAUGAUGUCUCCACAGCUGCCUGUAACACACACUCUCCCUCAGGCAAACUGGACUGUCCCUGAAGCAGACACAGAUGUCUUUGGAAAACCUCCUUGCUACGAAGAGGCCGUAUUGAUGGAGGACCCACCACCCCCUUACAGUGAAGUUCUGGCAGACCCCAGAGGAGGAACUUACACUAAACCUUCGUCCAGGUCCUCUAGGGAGCACCAGGAGUCCGAAACCAGCAAGAUGGCCCCAGUGACCGUGUUUCCAGAGCGUGGCUACUCCUCCCUCAUACGCCUACCUUCGGCCAGGCGCUGGGACUCACUGGGGCACCUCCUGUCCACCAUGGACCUUAACCACAACAACCUGCCGGUCGAGCCUCAGGCCUCUGCCAUCGCCACCAUGCCUCGUGAGGGCCGGACUCACACAGACUUGGGCUUGCGGGGCCUUCGCGGUCUGGAUCAACACUAUGGUUUGCCCACAGCCUUUCCCCUUUUGGGUCGAAGCACAGCAGUAUGAGGCCACAAAAAUAGAUCUACGGACCACUUUCUGAGAUGAACGCUCACAAUGCUGAGUCAUAUGUGGUCUGAAGAGUCUGCCGGAGGCAUGUCAAACGCUGUCUUUUGGGGGCAGAUUUAGUUCAGGAUGAUUCAGCUUUGUUCAGGGGUUCAUUUGCAGAUCCAUCGUACUCGGUUUUCUCUCUUGUCCUCCUCCUUGCUCUCCGUGGCAUCUCCGCCUGAUGCAGAGCAGCAGCUAUUAUGUGAAUGCUGUUGCCAUGGCUCCCGGGAGCUGUCUGCAGCCCACCAACGCCUCACCCCUCACAUCCUCUCUUCUUCCUUUCUCAUCUGCGGCUCACUGAUAUAAUACAAAUGACAUUUCAAACCCUGUCUUUGGGUAAACUACAGAAGUGCGACAUGGUGAAAUGACAGUGGUUGGUCCAUACUGUAGCUAACACAAUGCUGCUCAGCUGUACAAAAAAUGUUGUUUUAUAAACUGGGAAACAAUGCCUGGCCUCUAUUUCUGGAUUUUCUGCCAGUUCUUUUCUCAAGAAGUAGUCUGAACUUUGGGGGUGGAAAAGCUUCAAAGUAAUCACAAAUCCUCAAAAGGAAGUUGCUUGAAGAACUGCAAUUUUUGAAAUAUGUCCAUCGGAAAAAAGUGGUUUCUCUCACAGCUUGACUCAUUGGGCCAUGCGGGUACACUGAGGAACUGCCUUUUAUUUCAUGUCAAUAGUACUGUUCUCUUUUUUACAGAUUCUCAAUCUCUGUAUGAAUAAUGAUUUUGUUUUUGAAUAUGAAAUCCAUCCUCUUAAAGCACUCGUCAGAUUGAUGAUAGGACCUUGUUUGUAAUGACCUGCAGAUGGGAUUUGUCAAUAUUGUCAUGCAUCACCAUGUUGCCCAUGUUACUCCCCGCUGUUGUUGCAGCCACAUGUGGGAUUUCUGGCAUUUGUUCAACAAACUCCAUUUAUAUACUGGUGCUUCUCAGAGUUAGACCAACUGAAUCCCUUUUGCUAGGCUGUUUUUCGUCAUCAAUGUAGUGAUUGCUACAUUGUGAAAAUGCUUGAUUUAAUUUUUUUCCUUUUAUUGCUAUCAUUUCUAUUAUGUAUGUUUCCAUGCCCUUAAACGAUUCUACCUCAA